AUGCCAUCAACAUUUUCUUCUUCAUCUUCCCCAGAUCAAGAACAAUUUGAAUUAGUUCAUUUGACAGAACAAGAACUCAUAGAUUUCACUAGAUUUCAAAAUGCUCAAGCUUGGAAAGGGGCAUUAUCAAUUAAAGAUUACGUCUUGAGAGAGCAUGUCUUGGGUAAAUCAAAAAUGGCAACUACACCUCCUAAUAAAUUAUUGAUAUUUAUGUUGAGAAACAAAACAGAUAAAGCCCCGUUGUGUUCUAUUGAAUUUUUAAUACGUAAAAGUAAAAAGUAUACUUUGAACAAACAAGAGAAUGUGGUUGAACAAGAAGACAUUUUAAGUGGAUGUAUUGGUGGUGUUUAUACGUACCCACAACAUCGUGGUAACGGAUAUGCUAGAGUAAUGGUUGAUAAGCUAGUUGUUGAAGCAAAAGAAUUGUUGGGAUCACGGGGAUUUGUCUUUUUAUAUUCUGAAAUUGGUGAAUAUUAUUCUAAAAAUGGAUUUUUGUCUCAAGGGGUUGAUUUGAUUAACAUUCCAUUGACAUGUGAACUGGAUUCUGUUGCAACCACGUCUGAUAUGAAGUAUGAUUUGAUUGGGUAUCAUCAAUUUGAUUCGUUGAUGGAACGUUAUAACAAACAAAAUGAACAAGAAAUAAUAGUAAAAGUUCUUAAGGAUGGGAAGUCACGUAUUACAGUAGUGCCAAAUUCUAAAAUCAUUGAUUGGUUUCAUUUGAGGUCAAAGUAUAUUUCCUAUAAAAUAUUUUAUGAAUCAAAACAAGCCCAUGAACCUAUUGAUUUCUAUAAUGAAUCAUACGAGUCGAUAAAAUCAAAAUUAGAACUGGUUGAACCAAAAUACUUUGGUAUUAAACUUGAAAUUGCUGGGUUCAUUAUUUGGACAAUGGAUUUCAACAAUCAAUCAAAGCCGGAAAACUAUGUCACUGUUUUGAAGAUUGUUUCCUUUGACGAGAAUUCAAAAGAUGAAGUUUCUAUCAAAUUAUUAAGUUUAUUGAAAACCCACUUGAUUAAAAAUCCAAUAUUGAAUGGUAUGAAGACUACCAAAAUAGUAAUUUGGGAAUCAGAAAUCAGUUCAAGUGUCAAAAAUACUUUGAUCAACCAAUGGAAUGCUCAAGUUAAUAUCGAUAACCCUUCCCGUUCUGCAAUAUUGAUGAAUGAUCCUAAAGAAGAUGUAAAAUUGCGUGAGUCUGAUAUAAUAUGGGAAGGAAAUGAUAAACUUCCUUGGUUUUAA